CGACGCUCCGACAUACAAACAACGAGCAACGAACGAGUGAGGAACAUACUGCAAUUAUUCGUUGACUUCGCUUUGGGACAUUACAGACGGUUAUGGCAGCAACAUUCCAGCCGGGCACUGCUGGCAUUGCAGCAUCACAAAUUGAAAUUUCAGUUUCGUGCAGAAAUCUUCUGGACAAAGAUGUUUUGUCAAAGUCUGAUCCAAUGUGUGUACUCUAUACCACUCAGCUGGGGUCCAAACAGUAUUAUGAGUAUGAAAGAACAGAACCGAUCCAGAAUACUCUCAAUCCUGACUUCGUUCACAAAUUUCACAUGACCUAUCACUUUGAAGAAUGUCAAAGACUCAAAUUUGAAGUAUAUGACGUAGAUUCUCCAAAGUCGAAACUUGAUGCUCAUGAUUUCCUGGGAAAGCUUGAAAUGACUUUGGGUGAAAUCCUUGGCUCAGCAAACAACAAGGUUGAGAGGAAGCUGAUAUAUCCAAACAAUCAACCAUGUGGAAGUAUCAUCAUAUCGGCAGAAGAAGUCAGUGACUGCAAAGAUGAAACGCAGCUUCGCUUCAGAGGAAGGAAACUGGACAAGAAGGAUUUCUUUGGCAAAUCAGAUCCUUACUUGGUAUUCUACAAAUGCAAUGAGGACAUGAGUUUUACAAUCUGCCACAAGACAGAAGUGAUCAAGAACACUCUAGACCCAAUAUGGAAACCUGUCUCACUCAUGGUUAGAGUUCUUUGUAAUGGUGACCUUGAUAGAACCAUUAAGGUUGAAUGCUAUGACUGGGAUAGUGAUGGAAGUCACGACCUUAUAGGAGAGUUCAAAACAAACAUGAGGGAGUUAUCUAGUGGAAGAGGAACAUUUGAUGUCAUCAAUCCCAAGAAAGCCAAGAAAAAGAAAAGCUACAAGAACUCUGGCACGAUUGAACUGUUAAGUUGUGCCAUUCAGAAGAGAGCAAGUUUCCUCGACUUCAUUACAGGAGGGAUGCAAGUGAAUUUCACUGUGGCGAUAGACUUCACUGCAUCAAACGGUAACCCAAGCCACGGGAACUCCCUGCAUUACAUCAACCCCUACAGUCCUAACCACUACGAACAAGCUAUCAUGUCGGUCGGAGAAAUCAUUCAAGAUUAUGACUCUGAUAAACUCUUCCCGGUCCUAGGCUUUGGGGCUAAGAUACCUCCGAAUGGGCAGGUCUCACAUGAAUUUCCUGUGACUUUCAACUCCCAGAACCCAUUUGUAAUGGGCCUGCCUGGAAUCCUACAGGGGUACAAAUCCUGCAUCUCUCAGGUUCAGCUCUACGGUCCUACAAACUUUGCUCCAGUCAUUAACCAUGUAUCAAGGUUUGCCCAGCAGUAUCCAGAUGGUUCCAAUUAUUUCAUUCUUCUUAUCAUCACUGAUGGAGUCAUAUCAGAUAUGGAGAUGACCAAGAUGGCUGUUAUUAGUGCAAGCAAACUACCCAUGUCCAUCAUCAUUGUAGGAGUGGGGCCAGCAGAAUUUGAUGCAAUGGAAGAGUUAGAUGCCGACAAGCAAGCUUUAUCAUUCCGAGGUCAGACGGCUCAGAGGGACAUUGUGCAGUUUGUGCCUUUCCGUGACUACAUCAGCAGUACCGGAGGGAACGUGGGUCUGAGUCAAGCCAGACUAGCCAAGGAUGUCCUGGCUGAGGUUCCUGAUCAGGUCCUAGGCUUCAUGAAGGCCAGAGGAAUCACCCCUGAUAAGUUACCCAAACCUUCCCAUCUUUCACAGGGUCAAGUGCCUUCUGCUCCACCAAUCUAGUCUCUACAUCGAUCGCAGGUCAAAGGUUCAUCGGUAUUCAUCUUGCCCGUUCAAUUGCUGAAAUCCACCUAAACCCGCAGUGCAUUUAUCACGGAGCAUUAGGUCAAUCCAGUACUCAUACGCAUUCCCUAAUUGACUUGGAUACAUGGAUAUAAAUGUAUUAGUUAAUUCUGCAUAACUCAAAAUCUCAUACCGGUAAGUCAAAUUUUUCCCAAAGACGAAUUUUUUUAAACCAAACUAUGCAAAACAUGUAUUAUUUCCCUUCCUUAGUCAAAUUUUGCUUAAGUCAAACUAUUUUUUGCUGUCCCAACAGAUUCAACUUAUGUAGAGGUAACUGUAUGUGCAUAGCGUUCUUACACAGGUAUUCCUUAUGUAAGUGAUGCAUUGAAGGGACUAUCAAUGUUCAGUAUUCAUUGAAGGACAAAUUUAUGAAUCACGUUGCUUGAAUUUCAUGUUAGCAAGCCAAGUGUAUGGUAUAAGUUGAAACAUAUUGCUGAAAUAGACCUCUUGUUGGUCAAUGUCACUGAUAUGAUUUUGAUAUAUAAUGAUAAUGAAUUCUCGAUCAAGUCUGGACCAAUUGUCGUCCAAUAGCCUUAACAUCACUCAAAGGGUCUUAUUUAUUGGAGGAGCUUGACUGAUAGCCUAUGCCUUUGAAUAUUUGGGAGAGGAAAAGUGAGUGUCUAAACAUUCAGGUGAAGACUACUGCAAAGUCCAUUCACUUAAUACAUGUAUUCACACAACGAAUAUAUAUCUUUUUUGGGGUGAUUUUCAGACAUGUAUUAUAAGAUGGGAUGGGUUAAAGCCUUAAUCUUGCUUAUAUCGUUAAUAUGCAAAAGAAUAUUAACCCUUGUUACAACAAGAUGUUGUUUAUAUGUUAGGAUGUAUAGACCAAUUGUCGGUUAGUUGGUUUAAUUGGUUAUACUAAUAUUGCUACUUGGUUUAUAACUUUAGUUUUUCAUGUUUGAUAGGUGUUAAAUCGUUUUUGUUUUACCAUGAAUUGUUACAUCUUGAAUGAUUUGUAUUCGCAAUUUAGUAUUUGUUGGCUGAAAACGACCUGUAGUAUUAUCCCUAAUCCCAUACAAGUAUGUAGAACCCUUUACCCUUGUAUUCUAUGAAAGCAUUAUGUACUGGCUACAUGAUUCAAUUAUAAUUCCAAUUGGCAAACAAACCAUAUAAAAGGUGUGUCUUUGCAAUAUAUUCCUCAGGUAAUUGUAUCCUUUAUGGACCAUAGAGCACAAUAGGAAACUCUUUGCACCCUACACUAAUUGCACUUUAUUAAAACAUAUUUUUUUGUGUGUAUAAUUUCAAAGCAAUAAUGAUAUGUCUUGCUUAUCCUUAUGAACAUAACCCUCCCCCCUUUCUCAAAUGGAACAUGUAACUGAAAUUAAGAUUAUGAUAUCUCUGUUCUACUUGAAUGAUAGCAUCGCAGAAGAAUGAAAUGAAUGUUCAUACAGGCAUGGUCCAUGAUACAUCUAAUGUUAGGUGGAAGAAUGAAGAAGGACAGUGGAUUUUUAUACAGCAUUCAAUCUUUUUUUCUCCCUCCGUAUGUUUUGGUAUGGUUUUGAUCUAUGACAGAAUAUAUCAUAUAUUUUUUUAAGCUAUUUGUUUAACAUUUCUGCAUUGCCAUGUUUUGAUUCAAAUCUUUCAAACCUUAUAUAAUUUGUAUUUAUGGAUACAAUCUUCUUAGUGUGGUACAUUGUACUAUGAGAUGGGUUAAUGAUAACCAGUCAUGUGGAACCGUAAGACUUGAUAAAUAUCAAAUUGGCAAGUGAUAUGAUUGUCAAUUUAUGUUGUUUAUGGGUGUCAGUUCUACUUAAAAGUUAUUGGCUAUUAUAUAUAUUAUGAGAUAAUGACGUGGAUCCUAAUCAAAUGAUUGGUUGAAAGCGUACACGUGACCAGGCAUUUAUUUUGCCUAAGGCGUAAUUUGGAUAAUGACCGGUCAUUAUCAAAUUCUAAUGACUGGUCAUUAGUAAAAUUAGGUUAUAAAACAUCAUUUUAAACAACAAAUAAAACAUAAUCUUAUAAAACCUUGUGUGGGUCAUUCUUACUAAUGCCCUCACUGCUGUGUAUUAUUUGUAUACAGUCGAACCUCCUUUAGCAACCACUUGUAUAGAUCAGUCUUUAUAUUUGGGUUUCACUGUAUGUCAUUUGUAUAGUAGAAGUAUUAUGUAUAUACUUAUGAAUAGAUACAUGUUAUUAGAUAUAUGAAGUACUCUUUCCUUUCAGUACUUGUAAAGUGGAACAUAUAAACAAAAAUAUAUAUGAAUAUGAAUUAUAGAUAUAUUACAUUUUUAUCUUAAUAUGACAGGGAUAUUGAAAUUCAGAGAAAAAUAGUCGGUACUUCGGACUUUCUUAUAGAAAAAUUAUAUAUCAUAUGUAUGAUUGUAACAGUUGGUUUGUCAGUAGUGUCUUUGCAUUUCAAUCAAUAAUUCUAUAAUAAAUUCAUGUCUUUGCUUUGAUAUGAAGUUUUUAUCUUAACAAUUUCUGAUGUACAUAACAAAAACGUUUAUAUUACAUUCAUGUAUAAAUAUUUUGGAUUAUGAGAUGAAAAUAUAAGGUGAAGCUUGGGAUUCUAACGAAACACUAAACUCUGCCUUUUGCUACUAUAGCCUAUACCUAUGUGUAUUUCAAAGAACACUUUCCCAGCCAUUUCACUGUUUUUGUUUGAUAUAAUACUAAAUGAAAAGCAAACAUUGUUUGAUGGCUUUCAUACUGAAUUUGCAAGAGGUUACUUUCCUCUGUACAAGGAUGAUGUUGUGCCUAGUAUGCAGAAAUUCAGAGCCCUUGUGCUCUAUAAUAUUCUAUUACAACAUAGUGUGCCCUAGUUUUCAUUUAAGUCAUUCUAAUCAAUUAUUGUUUACCGUGGACAAAAUCAGAAUUGAGAUAAACUUUUUUGGGGGAGGACUUUUACAAAACGUGUCUACCUGAAAAUCACACUUGAAAUUUGUUUAUUCUUUGAAACACAUGUUGCAUGUUCUGCUUUUAUGUCUUACUGAUCAUGCUGCCUCUUUAAUAUAUCAAUGUGUCUUCUUUCUAAUAAAAAACUAUGUUCUUUCUGAUUUAAGUUAUAUGUGUAUUAAAUAAAUGUAUUUAUCAGGAACAGUAAA